AUGAUGGAGGAGGGAGAAGGAGAUGAUGACAGGAUAGGCAUGAUGAUGGAGGGAGAAGGAGAUGAUGGUGGAGGAGAAGGAAUGGGGGAGAAGGGGCAGCAACUUAUAGAAGGUGAAGAUGAGACUAACCAAAUGGAAAAAAUCUCUGGCACAGACAUAGGUGGAGAAAAGAAAGGACGGAGGUGGCGUGAGGGAAAGCACAAGAGUGAGAGAAGGGUGAGGGGGAAGUGUGUAAAAGGAGGAGAGACAGAGCAAAGAAGGGGGACAAAAGAAAGAAAAAGAAGGACAAAGAGAGAGGAGGAUCGGGAGAAGAAAAGGGAGAGUUCGAGAGAAGAAAAGCUGUGUGGUUUUAUCUCUUUGAGAAGACCUGGUUCACAUCAUUGGUUUGUGUUGAGGAUGAGUAACCGAGAUGUUGCAUGUGGCUUGUUUGAGUUUGCACAUUCAUUGGAAUUUGGUUUGUUCAAAGAGUUCCAACUAAUAAAGAUUGUUGUUGUCGAGGAGGAUCAAAACUUUGCUGCUAAGCCUUGCCUCGGUCUCCAGUUACUGCGGAAGAAUAACCCGUCAGAAUGGAAUGAUGAGUGUCAAAAUGCUUUUGAGAGAAUCAAACAGUAUUUACAAAAUCCACCAGUCUUGAGGCCUCCGGUUGCUGGGAAACCGCUUAUUCUUUACUUGACUGUAUCGUACAAUUCGAUGGGGUGUAUGUUAGGGCAACAUGAUUCGUCGGGGAGGAUAGAGCAUGCGAUCUACUACUUGAGCAAGAAAUUCACCAGUUGUGAGACAAACUACUCCAUGUUGGAGAAGACUUGUUGUUCAUUGGCAUGGGUUGCGCAUAGGCUCAGGCAAUAUAUGUUGUAUCACACUACUUGGUUGAUCUCGAGGAUGGAUCCGAUCAAGUAUAUUUUUGAAAAACCAUCUCUUUCCGGGAGGAUUGCAAAAUGGCAGAUAUUGUUGUCAGAAUAUGAUAUUUUUUAUGUUACCCAGAAGGCGGUGAAGGGAAGUGCAAUAGCGGAUUAUUUUGCAGAGCAGGCAAUUGAUGACUCUCAGCCUAUGAAUCCAGGGUUCCCAGAUGGAGAAAUCUUGUCCUUAGAGAUGGAGAGUCGGAAAGAUAUGGACAGAUGGGUUAUGUUGUUUGAUGGCGCUUCUAAUAUCGUUGGUAAUGGGAUUGGGGCUGUGCUUAUUUCUCCAGAAGGUAAAGUGACCCCGUUUACUGCUAAGCUUUAUUUCGACUGUACCAACAAUGUGUCAGAGUAUGAGGCCUGUGCCAUGGGAAUUCAAGCUGCUAUUGAUGUUGGGAUUAAAAAGCUUCAGGUUUAUGGUGACUCUCAAUUGGUGAUCAGGCAAAUGUGUGACGAAUGGGAAACCGGGGAUGCCAAGUUAGUCCCGUAUUAUCAACAUAUCAAGGAGUUGAUUAAGUUUUUCGAUUGUGUAGAAUUUGAUCAUAUUCCAAGAGAAGAAAACCAGAUGGCAGAUGCUUUGGCCACUCUGGCAGCCAUGUUUGAUUUGGACCCUCGAGGAGAAGUGGAGGUUAUCAAGAUUGAGAAGCGUGAAAUUCAGGCACAUUGUUUGAAUGUAGUAGCGGAACCUGAUGGUAAACCCUGGUAUUAUGAUGUGAAGCAGUAUUUGGAGAAAGGAGAAUACCCUCUAGAGGCCUCAGAUAAUGACAAACGCACCAUCCGAAGGCUCUCGAGCUCCUUUUUCUUGGAUAAAAAUGUGUUGUGUAAGAGAAGCUCGGGAUUUGUACUCCUUCGAUGCGUGGAUACGGAUGGAAUUUAUGCUGAUAAGACUCAUGUUCCAGUGAACCCUCUACGGGUAUUAGCAGCACCUUGGCCUUUUUCAAUGUGGGGUAUCGAUGUCAUUGGCCCUAUUGAGCCCAAAGCUUCCAAUGGACAUCGCUUCAUUCUGGUUUAUGCAGAAGAUACAGCUGGGACAUAG